CUCAUGACACUUCACUGAAGGAGAGGCAAGUCCGUGCGUAAAAAAGUUGAACACGCAGAAGCGCAACAUUGGACCAGGGCAAUAGCACAUUUUCUCGAGUGAAAACGUGAAAAGUAAAACAGCCACGGAGAGAACAGCAGGAAUAUUGGUUGUAUGGCACCUCAGUCGUGCGUGAUGAAUCCUGCGCAGGGAUCACCGCCCGCGGCUGCUCCGGGGGAGACCUCACCCGACGACCGGGUCGCUGGUGGCAUACAAACUGACGAGCUGGACCUGUCAUCCACCAGAAAGUGUAAAACCAAAAGUGUAGAUCUACCUUUCAGUGUGGAAUCCCUCAUAUCGGACAGGACGCCGGACAGAAGCCUCUACUCCCCCGAGCCGGGUUCAGGCUGUGUCCGGACAGAGGAGACCGAGUGUGCGUCACCGAGAGGACUUUGUCGGUGCAAACCAGAGGCGAUGGAUCUCAGCGACAAGGAGACGAGCUCCUGGUUUCAGGCUCCUCACGCAUCCCCUCCAAGUGACUCACUAAAUAUUCCAGGACUUCCCAGCCCGGCCUCGUGCAACCUACGGAAACACAAGAACAACAGGAAACCCAGAACUCCCUUUACAACCUCUCAGCUGCUUUCUCUGGAGAGGAAGUUCCGUCAGAAACAGUAUCUCUCCAUCGCAGAGAGAGCCGAGUUCUCCAACUCCCUCAGCCUCACAGAGACCCAGGUCAAGAUCUGGUUUCAGAACCGCAGGGCCAAGGCCAAGAGGCUGCAGGAGGCCGAGCUGGAGAAGUUCAAGCUGGCCGCGAAGCCGCUGCUGCCGGCCUUCGCCUUUCCCUUCCCACUGAGCGCACCUAUGGGCGCACCGUCCCUCUAUGGGGCCCUGAACGCACCGCGGCCCGCCUUCCCCGUCCCAGGACUAUUUGGUGGACCUUAUGGGAUGUAUUACUUGUCUUAACCCUCACCGACUUUGAACUUUUCUCGUUGGGAAAGCUGCCUUUUUAAAAAGAUGCCUUCAUACACAUCAAAUAACCAACACUGCAAAAGGGUCCAUUGUAUGAGUCAACCCGUAUGAAACCUAAUAUUAAAUAUAUGAGAAAUAUUUUGUUAUCGUGAAAAAAUUAUAUUUUCACACAAAUAGAUAAAACAGAUGGUUUCAUUUUAAAAUAAUGCAUUCAUGCAGGGAACACGAGAAACAGAAACCAGAAAUAUGUUCACUCAAUUGGCAAUUGUUAUUCAUUUUCUAUAUUUACAGAACAUUACUUAAAAAUUACUUUAAAUCCUUUUUUUCUCAAUGAAGGACACUUUCUUAGCUCAGUUUUUUGGACUAUAGGCCUCCAGCUUAAAAUAUUAUAUAUUAUGAGCUGUUCUAUUCCAAUAGAGGUAUUUCUUGAAUUGUCAACGUGCUUUACAUGUUGCAGGAUAUUAUUUAUAGGCCUGUAGCUUUUGAUCUCAAGUAAUAACUUGUGAUUCAGUUAAUCCUCCAACAGUCUAAAACGUGACGAUAGCUCACUCAGACUUUUUAAUAAGCUGAUGGUGGAGGUAAAAAUCACCAUGUCUGAUUGGAGGCUAUAAAGAGGAAAGAAAAAGAAAAAACAGUACAAUUUGUCCAAAAGUACAUUCCCAUAUAUGGGGAUCAUCCCCAAUAGCUCAUAAUCAAUAACAAGAACCAUCAUUGAAGUGUCCAUUAGUGCCUUUUCGUCACUGUUGUAACUAAAUCAAAUGUGUUACCUUUGGCAUUUGAACAUGGAGCUGUUAUAUAUUCCACAGUGACUUUUUUUUCAUGCUAAAUGUGAACCAUGAGAUCUUUGAAGGUAAAUGUACUAUUAUAUCUAAACCACACAAUUUCUGUUGGUUUCUAACUUCUUAAUCAUGUUCCCAAGUUCAAAAAUAUAAACCAGCUAUAAAAUAAAUCUGCUUUACUAUUAAAAUUGUACAUAUGUUUUUUACAUUACCUCAAAAAGAUAACUUUUUUGCACAAAUGUUCAAAGAGCUCCUAAAAGCCAGUUUCAUUACUAAAUGUAAAUAAAAGUCAUCCGCUAUUUUUGCAAAUAUGGUUGAUAGACAUGUUAGUCAUCGAUGUACAGUGUAUUUUAUAUCUGAUGGGGUGAAAAGAUGUUUUGUACAAUGAUUAAAAUCUAUUAUGUACAUUCUG